GUCUUUUACUCGCUCUCUCUCUCAGUCGUCGUUUGCUGUUCUACCAAUCCAACCAAAUUCCAGCGAUUCAUCACGAACACAAUACCAAACGCUCUAACAAAGAGAGAAAGAGAGAGAGAGAGAGAGAGCGUGCACCACAAAAGCGAGACAGACAGAAAUGGCGGCGUCGUUGCAGUUCAUCACUCCAGGGCAGCAGCAGCAGCAGAGCGACUUUGGUCUGCCACCCUACGCACAGCAGUCGUCGUCGUCAUCGUCGUCAUCGGCGUACGCUGGCGUCAACAUGGGACAGUCCACCCACGACCCCAGCAGCAACGCGUUCGCAUACGGCGGCAACUCAAACAGCAACAGCAACAACGGCUUCCUGCUGCCAACACAGCAGCAAAACCAGAUGGCGUUCAUGAGCGGCGCAGGGUAUGGCGGCGACUUUAGCGCCCCGUCUGGCACAAUGUCCAGCAUGGGCAGCAUGGGCAGCAUGGGCGGUGGCUUUGGCGCGGGCGGCUUUGGCGCGAACGGCGGAGGAGGUUCGAUGAUGGCGGCGGGAGGAGGCUCGACCAGCCUGGAGGACGAGCCGCCGCUGCUCGAGGAGCUCGGAAUCAACUUUGGCCAGAUCACAGACAAGACGCGGCUGGCACUCAAUCCGUUCAAGCCGGCCGACCAGCACGUCAUGGACGACACGGAUCUCGCCGGGCCGCUCAUCUUCUGCCUCCUGUUCGGAUCCUUCCUGCUCAUGUCGGGCAAGGUCCACUUUGGCUCCAUCUAUGGCGUUGGCGUCGUGGGCUGCCUGGGCGUCUAUGGCAUUCUCAACCUCAUGUCCGAGAGCGGCAUCUCGCUCGCGCGCACCGUCAGUGUGCUGGGCUACUGCUUGCUCCCAAUGGUCAUCCUGUCGUCCAUCUCCAUCCUGCUCUCCCUCCAAGGCUACGUCGGCCUUGUGCUUGCGUGCUUGAGCAUUGCCUGGUGCUCGUUCUCGGCGUCGCACAUUUUCGUGUCGGUGCUCAGUCUCCGCGACCAGCUCUUGCUCGUUGUCUACCCUUGUCUGCUGUUGUACGGCAUCUUUGCGCUGAUGACUGUAUUCUAAGUCGGUAGUUCUGGUUGUUGUUGUUGUUGUUGUUGUUGUUGUUGUUGUUGUUGUUGUUGUUGUUGUUGUUGUUGUUGUUUUUGUUUUUGUUGUUGUUGCGUGUGUGGAUGUCUUUGAGUGAUUUCUAUUCGUUGUUGGAGCUGCUCGCCCAAUUAUACCUGGUUUCAGAGAGAAGGCUUCGAGGUUUAAUGUAGUGGGGUG